GAUUUUUUUAUUUUUUUAUUUUUAUAAAUAUGAAACGAUAUUUUUAUUAACCCGACGAUAAGUUUGGUUUUCCCCAAUGAAGCGAAACGGAAAUUCUGCUAGAGCCGAUGGCAGCAACUCAAAGUCAGCACGUGCUUCGCUUGGUCCUCUCAUGCCGCAACAUCACGGCGCACGUGACACAGCCAGGGACCUCCUACAUCGUCGCCAUGGCCUCCUCCACCGAGCAAGAAUUCCUCAUCCAAUACCGCUCUAAGCUCAGUCAAUUCCCCCGCUCCCACCUUUACUGGGACGCCAAAGUGGCUUCCAGAGUCGGAGAGAAACUCGGCUUCCGCUUGAAGGAAAUCGGCGUCAGCAACAUCUCCAUCGAUGUUAAUGAAGAGAUCUCCAUACCCAUUCACCGACGCAGAUUGCUUACGCCGCUCUUUGAUUCGUUACGCCGCGUUGGUGUCGAGAUUGAUGGUGCCGAGAGGUUGGGCGAAAUCGAGCCUAGCUAAGGUUAGGUUUUCAUUUCGAAAUAAUUUUUGCCCCUGUUUUCUGUAAUAAAAGAUUUGUUUUUUUGGUGCUUCUAUUUGCACAGAUUAGGGUUCUGAAUAAAUUUAGUCUGAUUCACAAUUGAUGAAUUUUUCCUUUUCAGUUAACCAAAAUGAAAUUUGUUUCAUUGAAAUUAAUAAUAUUACAUUAUACAUUGUUUUGGUGAAAGGGGUC